AUGCUGAUGCAACCAAGCACCGCGAAUGGCACUGGCGAAUGGUCAGGAGUCGAGACGCACAAUGAAGGCAUCGUCACGCACAAGGACCGCAAGGAGAGAUGGAAACCACCAGUUCCGCGAGAAAAGGUACUGAGGACUGUGACGGACGUCACCUGCUCUCGAGGCGAUCGAUCAAAGGCGCACCCGUCGCCGGUGAUGCUCGGCAAUAAUGACAGCAUCUCAGCUGAUCGUCAACUUUGCACAGCUGGCACAACAGAGUUGACUGAGGUGUGCUCUGGCCCGAACUGUAUUGGAUCCGUCGCGAUCUCGAUCUCGAUCGUCGUUGUCCGUUCGAUAACGUCACGUUCCUCCGUCAGGUGGCGGCAUCGACGAACGAACGGGAGGGAAGGCGCCACGCAGGAGGGACCGACCGUGAGAACUCAGCUGUUCGGUCGCAGACUACCGUCGCUGACUGAGCCUCCAAGACGAUCAGCCGGAAGACCGGUAGCAACUGAAGACGGCGACGAUGACCUCAUGAACCGUCUCAGUGACUAA